AUGACAUCUGUGAAGGCAUUUAAUCAAGAUUUAUUAGUACCAUUUACAUAUUCUGGUAGAAGUCACAAGUUGAUUGUUUUACCAAAUGGUAUUUUAACAUUAUUGAUCUCUGAUCCAACUGAAGAUUUGGCUUCUGCUGCUCUUUGUGUUGCUGCUGGUGCUCAUAAUGAUCCCGAUGAGAUUCCAGGUUUGGCUCAUUUCUGUGAACAUUUAAUACUUUUAGGUUCAAAAGAAUUCCCAAAUCCAAGUGAAUUUCAUGAUUCUUUAUCAAAAUCUGGAGGUAGAAGAAAUGCAUUUACCACUGGUGAACAAACUUGUUAUUUUUUUGAAACACCAUCAGAUUCAACUUGGAAAAAUAAAGAAGGUUUAGAAGAGCCAGUUUUCAAUCAUUUAUUAAAAGUCUUUGCUAGCUCUUUAAGAUCGCCAUCUUUUUCUGAAAGUGCUUUUGAAAAAGAAAUUUAUGCUGUUGAUAAUGAACAUAAUGCUAAUAAAAGCUCUGCUGGUAGAUUGAUGUAUCAUGGUCUAAGACUCAUGGCAAAUGAAAACCAUCCAUUUCAUAGAUUUGCUACAGGUAACUAUUUCAGUUUGAAUGAUCUACCUAAAAUUGAAAAAAUGAAGGUGAGAGAACAUCUAUUCAGUUAUUACCACGAUAACUACGUUGCUGAUAAAAUGACAUUGGUAAUUAGAGGUUCACAAUCAAUCAAUUUAUUACAAAAAUUAGCAUUAUCCAAUUUUGGCGAUAUUUCUACAUUUGAAGAACGUCAACAAUCCAAAAAAUCCAAAAUGAAAUUGUUUUCUAGUAAAAAUAAAGAAAGUGUACCAGUGAAAAUACCACAAAGAAUUGAAGAAUUUGAUAUAUCUUCAUGUUGGAAAUAUGAAACUUCUGCUUUCACAUUCAAUGAAAGUAAUAGUUGUAUUUUGAUUAAGAAAGAUCAAACCCCAACUUUACGUCUUUCUUUCCCAGUUCAUUUUGACUCAUCAGAUCCAUUAAUUUCUAAACAAGUUUCAGUAUUUGAAAAUGCUUGGUCAAAUAUAGUUGGUGAUGAAAGUGAAGGUUCAUUAGAUUCAUGCCUUAAGCAAAAAGAUAUCAUAACCAGUUUAAGUGGGUUCAUUCAACAUAUUUCUCGUGGUGAUGAUGUUUUAAUCAUUGAAAUUAAAUUAACCAAUACAGGUGCUAAAAAAAUUCCAGAAGUUCUUGACAUAUUAUUUAAUCAAUAUAUUCCAAAAGUCUUUAGUGACGAAACAACUUUGGGGAGAUACCUUUCAGAAAUGGAAUCUAUUGAUCUUUUAAACUAUUUGCAUAAAGAUUCAACAAAAUCACCAAUGGACGAGUCCUCUAUUUUUUCUCAAACAUUACAGAAAAAUAUCAAAGCAUUAGGUACAGAGAAUAUUUUGAAAGGUUCACCAAAUUUUAGUGAAAUAAAUGAGGGCUACUUUGAAUCAACAAGUGGUAAAGAGCAAUGGACCAAAAAAGGCUCUAUUUUCAAAACAUUCAUUAUGAGAUACUUUAAGUUAUUGAACUUGAAUAUUGUCUUUUUAGCUGGCUCUCAAUUCAUCGAAAAGGCAUCAACCUUAUUGUCUAGCAAUUCAACUUCAACGGAUUUCUAUUUCAAUUAUGAAUACAUUUCAGGAAAACUCAAAAUUGAAUCCAUUCCUAGAUCAAAAGAUGACAUACCUUUUCAUAUGGUUGAUAAAAAUAUUUUCAUUCCUCAAAACGCAUUACAACUUUCCCAUUUGAAACAAAAUUUAAAGGAAGCGUCCAUAAAGGCUUCGCAAUCAUCAUUAGGUUAUAAUACAAAAAACUCAUGGUCUUCAUCAAAGGCAAAACUUGUUAAGAAGACUGAUAAAUUAGAAGUAUGGACUAAAUCUGAAUCUUCAUUAUCAUUUCAUUCUCGUUUAGUGGUAUCAUUUGAUGUGUUAUGUAACUCAUUGGAUUCUUCUGUUGAAAAUACUAUGCAUAUUGAAAUUUUAGCUGAAGUUUUAAAGAUCAAACUUGAAAGAAAGUUAUAUGGUGCUGAAUUGUUGGAUUAUACAUGGGAAGUAUUUGCAUCUUCCAAAGGUGACUCUAGAAUUGGUUUUACAAUCAGUGGAUUCAAAGAUGGUGUUAAAACUAUUGUUGAAACUUUUGUUCAAGAACUUAAAGACUUAUUCAAAGACCCAACCAUCAACAGCGAUUAUUUUAGAAAAUCAAGAGUUUCUGUAAGAUCAAGAUAUAGGGAACUUACUGAAGCUUCAUCAUUCGUUUUAGCAAGUACUGGUCUUUUAGUGGUCAUGGAAGAAAAUAUUUGGAGUCUGGAAGAUAGACUUGAUGCUUUAGAUGAUAUUGAUGCUCAAAGUUUCAAAGAAUUUGUGUUAAGACUUGGUGAAGGUAAUAAAUAUUUGAAAUUAUUUUCUCAAGGUGAAACUGAUUGUGCUGAAGAAUUAACUGGCUCUUUGGACAAGCUUCUUAGAAGUACCACAACUCAAAAAAUCACAAGUAAAGAACCUUCAACUGUUCUUUUGGCUCCAGGAACUUCAUAUCAUAUUGAAAGAUUGUCUUCAGUCGAUGACCCAAUGAACUCUAUUGCUUUUUUCAUACAAACAGGUCCAAGAGGAGAUGCUUUUACCGAAAAAGUGAACAAAUUGGUAUCUUAUCUGAUGUCAUUUAACCUUGUUCCUGAUUUAAGAGAUAAACGACAAUUAGGUUAUGUUGUUUUAGGUGGACAAAGGAUUCUCAGAACUACAAUAGGUAUCCACGUCACAAUAAUGAGUGUUGGUUUCACACCACAGUAUCUUGAACAACAGAUUGAUGGUUAUUUGGCUAAUUGGGAAGCAGAAUUGGACAAACUAAGUGAAGCAGAGUUCAAGUCUGAAAUUAUUGAUCCAUUUUUAAAGAAUUACAAACAGACAUUAGAUUCAUCAAGUGGGCCUGAAAGUCUUACAGCUGAUUUACAAGCCAGUGUUGGUAGCUCUAAUGCAUCUGAUGGUAUUGAAUUUUUAAGAAGUCAUAAAAAGAUCAAGGAUUUAAUAUUCAUGGGUGCUUAUUCUGCGGAUGAUGAAGCUGAAGAUAAACAAUUUUUCAAUUCUCUAAAGAAAAGUGAUUUUAUUGGCUUUUUCAAACAAAGAAUAUCACCAAAUUCCAAAACUAGAGCUCAAUUAUCCGUCAUGUUGAAAAGUCAAAUGUCUGCUGGUGAUAUUCAGCAACAAAUGAUGAGAUUGCAACUAGAAGCUUUCUUGAAAAUGCAUGGCUUAAGAAUAUCCAGUGCUACAUUAAAAGAAAUUGUGGAAAGUACUAAAGGAAGCUCUGUUAGUUUAUUGAAAGAAUUAUUCAAGUACUUUAUGUCACAAGGUGAAAGUUUCAAGUUAUGUACUGUUGUAUUGAAAGAAGUUGUUAAGCAAACUAUGGAAGGGGUAAAGUCUUAUAAAAAUACUUCUAGUUCUUCAUCACAAUCAGCUACAAGUUCUGAGUUAAUUCCAAGUAAAGAAAUCACAGAUAUAACACAAUUUCAAAAAAGUAACAAAAUAUUUUAUAGAGAUUAA